AUGUCGCCACGGAUGAGCUCAGGUUCACCGAGGAAGCGUUCAACAGCAUCGGACAAUGACGGUUCGGUUGUAGGAUCGAGCGAACCGGUCAGACAUCCCGCCAAUCACGCUGGGGCACUGCCACCGCUGAACCUCCGAGGUGACCUGGGUGCGGAUCCUUCAGCCAAUCAGCCUUCACCCAACGGGCGGCGGUCGGUAAACGCGGCAAAAGACAGCAAGGACGGCCAAUUGAGGACCCGUGGAAUCUCGCUGAGAGGCGCUGCGGUGGCGGUCGCAACCGCUGCAACCCUGCGCGACUACCGACGGAACACCGCCGCGAUGCACGUCGAUCUGCUCAGGGUAUUCGUACCAGAUAUCCUCAUCAACUACUUGGAAAACGCCUCCAAACCACUCGAGUCUCAGGCGUUCUUUGUCAAGGCGGCGUGCAUGUGCGCGGACAUUUCCGGCUUCACCGCUCUUUCGGAGAAGCACUGCAAAAAGGGCACGGCGGGAUUGGACACCCUGGUGCAGAUAAUCAACAGCUACUAUUCGAACUUGGUGAAUAUUGUCUAUUCCUUCGGCGGUGACAUCAUCAAGAUCGCGGGGGACGCGCUGUACUGCGUGUUUAUGCCGGACGAACACGACCUGAGGGGAGCAGUGUUGUGCGCGGCCUUGUGCAGCAUGCAGCUUCGGGAGGUUGCAGCCGACGGGCUUACCCUACAUGUUGGGAUAUCGUGCGGGGAGCUGUGCUUCGGGAUUCUGGGAGGCAUCGACAACUACUGGGAGUGCCUAAUGAGCGGGGUUCCCAUUGGCCUGGUGGCAGAAGCUCUAGACGAAGCCAAGAAGCAGGAGGUGGUCGUAAGCGUGGAGUGCAUGUCCAUCAUCGGAGACUGCUGCCGGGGGACUCCACUCCCGUCCCGCAACGUCCUUCUCCACACCCUGGAGCCACCGCGGAGGGAAAAGCGGGGAAGCGUUCGCAUGGCCAACAUGAUCGCCAACAAGGGACUGCCGGUGGAGUUAGAGCCCACGGAAGGCUUGUUUCCUGAGGCAGCAGAUGCAGCUACAGCGGCCGCGGCGGCCGCGGCGGCGGCUCGGUUAGAGGCAGGGACAGGACAAGGGGAGGCAAAACGGGCAACACCUGAAGGCUCAUCGCCCCAACCGCAGUCUCCAACAAGUUCGGUUGGGUCUGUGGCCGCGAGUGCUACAAGCGUAGGCGAAUGUGCAAGCGCGGGUGGCAAGAACGUGGAGGGAGCGCGAGGGGCCGGGGGGGCUGUGGAUGCGAACGCAGCAUGGGUCAGCUCCAACGCCAAGGCGAGGGAGAGGAAGGCGGGGAGCAAGAUACUUGGAGAUGACUCAGUUCACGCGCUAGGGGCGGCGGGAAAAAUGAGAGUCGAGGUUUCGUCUGCGGUGUUGCCCGUGCUCCAAGGCUUCGUGCCAGGCCCCGUUACCGACUUGUUGGCGGCUGGUAUCUUCAUGUACAUGGCGGAGAUGCGAACGGUCACGACUCUCUUCGUGAAGCUCGACAGCUACUCCCCGGAGAAGCACAAGAAUCUUUUGUCACUGCAGAUCCACCUGACGACCAUCCAGAAGAUUCUAGCAGAGCACGAAGGGUUCUUGAGGCAGUUCCUCGUUGAUGACAAGGGGUGUGUGCUGAUCGCAUGCUGGGGAGUGCCCGGUCGGAGCUAUCCCGACAACGGCAACCGAUGUCUUGCCGCCGCGGUGGAGAUACACGCAAGUCUCCAAGUCAGGGACAUGAAGACAAGCAUGGGGAUAACGACGGGCCACGCUUUGUGCGGCCGUAUGGGGGGAAAGAUCCGAUCAGAGUAUGCUAUGGUGGGAGAUGUUAUCAACUUGGCGGCCAGGUUGAUGGGCAAAGCAAAGGGCCGCAUCGUGUGUGACGAGGUCACCCACGACUUGGUGUGCUGUAACGAGACCAUGGUUGCCCUGUUCAAGCGUUUGGACCCGAUGAUGCUCAAGGGGAAGGAGCACCCCAUCGCGCCCUUUGUGUGCCUGGCGCAGCAAGGUUCUGACAUGUGGGAGACGCACAAGCAGCUGAGGAUGAUUGGAAGAAUAAACCUGCAGAACUCGUCGAUGGUUGCGGAUCGAGUGAAGAAGUCCGCCUCGCAAUUCUUCAGGAGGAAGAUCGUUCGGGAAGUGUAUGGAAGCGCCGAGCAACCUACGACAGAUGUGGCAAUCAGAGCCUUAAAGGCGGUACUUGGUGUGGACUUGGGCGGAGAGACCGAGGGCGAGAUCCUCCAGGCCGUGCGGAGGCCAAGCGUUGGGGGACGACUGCCACUUCACGUCGUGCACUCGGUUAUCUCGGAGCUGGCUACACACGCGCUAGGGAACUUGCCCGCCGUGUUUAUUUUGGACAACGUGCACCUCAUGGAUAAGAUGAGCUGGAAGCUUCUCAUUCAGCUACUGUACUGCCCUCUGCGGCUGCUGCUGGUCCUGACGGCCACACCGGUGGAGGAAGACAUCCAGAAGAAGAAAAAUCUGUUUCACGCGAAAAAGAAGAGUCAGAUAACAAGCCCGACCGCAAAAGCGGAGCGGGCAUCAGAGGGGCCGAACUUCGUGUGGCACGGUGAUCAUGGCGAGACUCACUUGCACAUGCAGCAGUACAUUCGGGCCACCCAGCUGCCGAUCACGACGAAAUUCUCUCUUAGCCCCUUUUCCAAGGAAGAGUUACGCCAACUGCUUCAACAUACCCUUGCGCCCCAAGAUAGGGCGGGUAUCACAGAACCGUUAGUCGACACAGUGUACAGCCUAUCCGGUGGGAACCCCUACUGGUGCGUUGAGGUGGUGCGGUUCAUCAAAGAAAACAGCGUGGGGAUUUUUAUGAGCCGAAUAGCGGUACAGGAAUCCGGGGGUGGCGGCGAGGACAGCGGAACUGUCAACGGCUCUGCCGUCAGCUCUCCCGAGGAGGCCAUGAUGGGACGGAUGGGCAUCCUCGUAGUCUGCCGUUUUGAGCGACUUCUGGUGGAAGAACAGGCUCUUGUCACGGCGAGGUUCGUGGUGUAUUCCCGGCAUACCUACUACAAGUUCCGGAACUCGAUGGUGCACAUGGUGCUGUAUAACCUCACCCCGGCUUCCAGUCGGAAGCGAAUGCACAAGGCUGUUGCACAGCACUAUAUCAUGAGCCAUGGGCAGGACCCACUCUAUCUCCCGGUCAUGACCUACCAUCUCCUUCAAGCGCGGGUGGAUCCUAAGCAAGCGGUGACGUUCGUGUGUAGGACAGCGGCGCACGCUCUCGUGGCGCUGUGUUACGAGGACUGCAUGGAGGCACUGGAGAAAGCGAUCGAGUUUGUGAGCUGCACUUCGGACAUUCACGCGGUGAUGUUCGUCCACCACUACAUUUCGACGAUGCACGAGAUGGGGCAUACGAUGUUGCGAAACGGCAGCCUCGGAGCUGGGGGCUCACAGACCGAACGAGAAGGGGAGGGCGACCCAAAUGCAAGAAACAGAGAAACAACUACCGCCAAAGAGACAGAUAGUGGUCGAAAGCAAGGGCCAAGACGCAGAGCCAGCAGUGGCGCCAAAGAGAAUAGUAGCGGUCGAACAAUAGGGUCAUGGCUAGGAGGAAUCGAGGGUCGAGUGCAAGUGCCGAUUAAACCAGCACAAGAGUCAAGUAGUGGGCGACAGGGGGUGUCAGAGAAACCGAGGGCGGGGAGACCAGGACCAGGGCAAGGGGGGGCAAUGACGGGAGACGGGAGCUUCGAGCUUUUGCCUGAGGACUCGGAAAGAAGGAUGUCCGAGGUUGGAUCAAAUGUAUCGGUGGUCGCGACCGGAACUCAAACACAAGCACUGGGCAUCCGCAUUGCGAGGCUAAAAAAACUCCUAAAAGAGCCGCACGCCAGGCUUUGUUCAGCGGGACAGUUUUGCCCGACGCUGCAGGACGUCUUUCCUUCCCCUCGACGACAAGCGGCGGACGACGAUUAUGCCGACUCGCUGCUCAAGCACUCAGCGUCCAUGUCACCUCGGUCUCCGAAGAACACGUUUUCUGGUUCCGGCGGGGCAUCCGACUUUUUCGAGGAACCGGUCGAGACGGGGGGAACCGACAUGAUAAUGGACGAGACGCUUUCGUGGUUGGCGGGGGGUAACAACAACGACAAGGGCGGCGAAGACGACAAGAAUGAUGACGAUGGCCACAACACAGCCGGUGGAAAUCCCGCCCGACCUGCCGGUAACGUCUCGAGAACCCAUUCCAACUUGAAUGAAGAGGACGAGCUCUGUGGAAGAUCUGUGAGUUCUUCGAAGCCCUAUACCGACCUUCCUUCGGACGGACGGAGGUCUGGAGCGCUCACCUCGGUGGGGUGGGAAGUGGCCCAUCUGCUUCAUGUUUGCCUGGGGCGCUACCUCCAGCCAGGCGGGCCGUCACCGGGGGGCCCAGAAACGGCCGAUGGAAGCUUCUCGAUUUCCAUGCAUCGGCUUCCGCCAGAAGCGGGGGACGGCGCUGAACUUCCAGGCCAGGAGAGCGAUGACGAUGGGAUCAGUCGGAGGAUAUCACACGAUGAGACUGACAUGCCAAGGUACGGACCGAGGACGGGUCACCCAGGCGCAGCUGGCAUGCGGAAAAUCCGAUCGAAGCUUCACGCGGCAGGUGAGCAAGGCGAUGUCCGAAUUUUCUGGCGCCUCGCCGCGAUCGAACUCGACGCAGAGAGGCGGCAGCACCAGCGGUGA